AUAUAUUGGAAAUAAAAUAAUCAAGUGCGUUCGUGUAUAAAAACGAAAAAAAAAACAAUUAAUAGACCGGAUCGUUCGUUAUUAUUAUUAAUUGCGUGUACACAAAAACUUUGCGAUCAUGGCCUCGUCAUCAUCGAGGGAUGAAAAUCACGGGACGACGACGUCGAUGGAUCAUCGUGAUGAGGAUGAUGAGAUAAAUUACUGUUUCGUCCAAUAUGCAGAUACUACAAAAGAGAGAGAAGUUGUUGCCGUCAGCGACAUAUUUCGUGGAAAACGUCGGAAAAGUCGAAUGCAAUGUGACAGCGAAUUUAUUAAAAUGUAUUCGAGAAACCCUAAUGUAAACGUGCCACUGCGAGUUAAAAAAUAUAAUCCUCUUACCAAUGAUACCGUGGAGUAUCAUAAAAUACGUGUCAUCCUCUCGUAUGCUGCAACGGCGGAUAAGCUGAAGAGGAUAAAUGAGGCCGCCGCAGAGCUUGGUCGAGGUAAAAGAACUGUCAGAAAGAAAAAUUUCUUCGACUCACCUUUCGUAGAAAAAAGCCCAAUUGUAAAUGCCGGUAAUCGACGUGACAUUGCUGCUGCUGCUGCUGCUGCUGCUGCUGCUGGACAAAUGGAAACUCAACAAUUGUCGAACGAAGAAGAAUUACACAUCAAAGAAAACAAGCGAACGAGAAAAAACAUAAAGCAGAUUGAGGCUCAACUCAUGCUUGAAUUGGAGGGUACUGAAGAAAUCAAACCGAUGUUGAAGCUCGUUAAAGAGCAGCCGUUGCCAAAAACAGGGCCAGCGAUAGGGAAUGACGAAGGAACGCCAUUAAGUCAGAGCAGCGGUUUUACAAGUAUCUGUAAGACUGACGAUGAGGACGUGGAUAAAGAAUUCAAUAUGAGUACACCAAAGACAUGGCGGGACGAAGCCGCUUUUGGACCGAAAAGUACUUCGAGAAGCAACUAUACCAAUUAUUCAAUGGAUUCCGAGAAUACUGCGGAAGCAAGAAAAACGAUUUUCGGGAAUGCCGGUAGCUGUGACAACGACACGAACGUCAGUGACGAUGAUUCCAAUGGGGUCCGAAGAAGAAAUAGUCAAUUGGAAGGUGGAAAGGCUGGAGGAAAAGUAGUACCAGUAUUGAAAGAAAUAGCGUCGCCGAGUAAAGAAGAACAACAGCAUUGCAACAAGAUUAUUUCCGAAGUCAAGGCCGCCGCCGAUUCCCGUGCAAGAUCGAAUGAAGAUUCGAGUUUGACGGAUGAACGAGCACUUGGAGGAGGAGGAGGACGAGGACGACCCCCCUCCUCGCCGGAUGAACACAAUCCCGGUCGUAACGAUGAUGGCGAGGGAGAAGAAAUCGCUGCUCCACCGACAAUAAACAUUAACGAUUAUCCCAACGACGACGACGACGACGAUGCGAAUAACGAAAGUGUUUCUAUCCAUUCAAGAUUAACGAAAGAAAAAGGAAUAAAACGAAAAAGGAAGGAAAAUGAGACAAAUGUCGGGAGAAGCCGUGGCUCGGUGUCUUGUUCCUGGUCAAAUGAAAAUGCAUCCGCCGCCGAUUCCCGUGCAAGACCGAAUGAAGAUUCGAGUUUGACGGAUGAACGAGCACUUGGAGGAGGAGGAGGACGAGGACGACCCCCCUCCUCGCCGGAUGAACACAAUCCCGGUCGUAACGAUGAUGGCGAGGGAGAAGAAAUCGCUGCUCCACCGACAAUAAACAUUAACGAUUAUCCCAACGACGACGACGACGACGAUGCGAAUAACGAAAGUGUUUCUAUCCAUUCAAGAUUAACGAAAGAAAAAGGAAUAAAACGAAAAAGGAAGGAAAAUGAGACAAAUGUCGGGAGAAGCCGUGGCUCGGUGUCUUGUUCCUGGUCAAAUGAAAAUGCAUCCGCCGCCGAUUCCCGUGCAAAACCGAAUGAAGAUCAGCAGCAGCAGCAACGUCACGCUCGAAUCGAUCAACAAGCGCGGCAAAGGAUGACGGCAGAGAGAAGAUGUAUGAAUUUGGAAUCUUAUUCAUCCAAAGAGCUUAUUCAACUCGUGCAGGAGCUCAAAGCGGAGUUGAAAUGGAGCGAAAUAUGUAAAAGAAAAUUAAAAGAAUUGAUUAAUAAGAUUGUAACGAGUGUACCCAAGUUGGAGGACAUCAACCGAACGAUAGAGGAUAUUGAAAAUCGUGAUCAUAACGCUGAAACACCCGCACUGUUGGAUGAUCUACCUGAAGAAGCGGCAGACGGUACGGUAACCGUGAUAGGGAGAAAGUGGGAUUACAGAAGAUUCCGAGAAGCAUCGCAAACGCACAAGGACACAGCAAGGAUAGUCGCGUUAGCGAAAUCCCUAUGGCCCAAUGAGGCGAUGCGGCGGAGAAUGGUCCUAAAAAAACGAACCAACAGCCCAAAUGAUUGCAUUGAAAUAAAGUUGCAGGACCUGAUGGCGAUAAAAAAUGUGGCUGAAAUGAUGGACGGAUUAAGAGAUUUGCAAAUGAAAUAUAAAUGCCAACUCAAACAGUACAAACGAGUAAUCGGCAACAUGAUAAAAUGUCUCCGUAAUAGAAGUAAAAAAUCGCAAGCGAACGCAGCGAGAAACCCUCGAGAGAAUGCAGACUACGGCGACAGGAACGAAGAUGAUGAUGAUGAUGAUGAAGAAGAAGAAGAAGAAGAAGAAGAAGAAGAAGAAGAAGAAGAAGAAGAAGAAGAAGAAGAAGAAGAAAGGAAUAACAACGAGAACGAGAAUUAGAACGAGUGAAAACCUCAUUCAUGAAAAACAAUAUUUCAGCGUACACUUUCCCUGGUUAGAUGCAACUGCAGAGACGCUCAAGCUUUUUUUUUAUAUAUAUUUCAUUUUUUCAUUGAUCCCGGUAUAUGUUAUUCGGAAUGGCGCACACUUUUGUGGUUACUCUUUUAUUAGUAAUCGUUUCUUUCUACACAGGUCAUCUUGAUUAUAAUCGAUAAAGUUUACAUUAUAUUCAUUAACAAUAUUUCAACAUAAAAUAUCCAACGGCUGAGCAUUUUGUUCAAAACGCUGAAUUAAUGGUAUUCUUUACUUACUCUAUAAUAUCGAUAUAUUUCUUCAGCUUCUACCUUCAUAAAUUUUCGUUAAAAACAACAUCUACUACUCCAACUCUACUUUCUCAAACUUUUUCAACCGUUCAUUUACGGUACGUAAAAAAUAUUUAUGUACCACAGUUGAUGUGGCAUAACUUCAGAAUAGUAUAAUUAUUAAAUACUAUUAAUGGUAUGUAAUGUAAUUAUUUUUCCACAUCAUCUCCGUGAAGCAAAAUUAUAUUUCUUUUGCAUUACUUUGAAAAUAAUUAAUAAUAAUAAAAUAUUGUUUAUGUUAUGUUAUAA